AUGAACACAACAGAUGACGACUUAGCCAACCCCACCACCUAGCACGACACUGAAGGUGAUUUUCCCAACUGCACUGAUGUGGGUCUGAAGACUUUGUAUCUCCCCAUUAUGUACAGCAUCAUCUUCCUGGUAGGCUUCCUGGGAAAUGUCAUUGUGAUUUGUGUUUACAGCUUCAAGAUGAGGCCUUGGAAGAGCAGCACUAUCAUCAUGCUGAACCUGGUGCUCACGGAUCUGCUCUACCUCAACAGCCUUCCCUUCCUGAUACACUAUUACACCAGUGGGGACCACUGGGUCUUUGGUGAAUUCAUGUACAAGUGCAUCCACUUUGGUUUCCAGUUCAACUUGUACAGCAGCAUCAUCUUCCUCACCUGUUUCAGCACCUUCCGCUACAUGAUGAUUGUCCACCCUGUGAAGUUCUUCAACAUCCAGAGGAAGCGCUGGACAGCAGUGGCUUGUGCAGCAGUUUGAGUGAUCUUGCUGGCAACUGGCAGCCCCAUCAACUUCUUGAUCUCCUCAAAAGAGAUGCAAAACAGAUCCUUAUGCCUCAGCCUUACCAGCUCUGAAAACCUGGGCACAAUCAGGCAGCAUAACUGGCUGCUGGCCAGCCUGCCUUCCUUCUUCUUGCCCUUUCUGAUGGUGACUCUGUGCUACGCAGUCAUUAUUUGCAUCUUGGUUACUGGGUCCCACAGACGGGCUUGCUACAAACAAAAGGCUCGAAGACUUGCCAUUGUCGUCUUGAUGGUCUUCUGUGUGUGCUUCCUUCCCUUCUGCGUCUUUUGGGUGUCUCGGGUUGAACUACGGUUAUGUCCCAUUAGCUGUCAUGUGGAGAAGCAAAUCCACUCUGCCUGUACCAUGUCUCAACCCCUCGCUGCCCCAACAUGUGGCAACCUGCUACUUUAUGUUGUGAUCAGAGGUAACUUCCAGCAGACCUUCCUCUCUCUUUCAAGGUGUAAGUGGAGCAAAUACAUCCAGCAGCCAGGGAGCAACAAUUACAUGACCAAGUCAGAAAUUGCAUUGUAG